AAAAUCUCGGGUUAAACGUAGACAACGYUGGUCGAUUCAGUGCCUGCAGCAAGAAUUCCUGCACCGCAGCUAAAUCAAUACUGAGAAGUUACGCCAAAGAGUCAUCAAUUUGGUSAGAGGAUAAGCGCCACUAUAUCUCGCUGCUAUCAAGAUUAAUGAUAGAGGGAAAGCUCAUUUACAGAUUGCGUAUUGAAUCAUCUUUAUAAGUUGAAUAUUCAUCACGGUGAAUCAUACAACUUAACUUCUACAAGAAACGGAAAGAUUUAACGUAUCAUUUAGCCGAUGUAUUUAUAGCAACUGGAAGUGAAUAUUCGCAAUUUUAGCGAAGGAGAGCGCUGGAGGCUUUGGACGUCAUGAAACUGAAGAUACAUCGUCCAAAGCAAGUCAUCGUUGUGGCUUUGGUUACAUCGUUAUUCUGGUUUUGCUUGAAUAUUGGUCUGCUAUUCACCUAUCAAASCAGCUCGAUGGUGAUCGUGAAACGACUCGRMAUUGAUGACACGAUYCGUCUGUCACAACAUGAACCGGGUAAUUUGAAUGCUACGGGAUUGACACGUGGAAACGACCACCUCGCGAAUAUACAGCACACCAGAGACCAUGAAGCUGGAAAAGCUAAAAUUACCAGAACUCCUAAACCUGAAAAAAUACAGACAAAUGUAGAAACUACUAUAGCAAAAGUYGAUAGGGAUAUCAAAAAUAGAAUUGAUAAAAUUUUCAAAGACGAAAAGGACAGACAAAAGGAUAACGAAAAUGAACAUAAAACUCUUAAAGCUGAAACCACAAAAUUCACCACAAAAAAAAAUUUCGAUUUUGAGCCGGACGUGCGGGAUCCAAAUGGUCCCGGAGAGCACGGACAAGCWGUUAUUAUCAAAGAAAGCGAAAAACAAGAAGAAACUAAUGGAUUUAAUAAACAUGCUUUUAAUGAGCUGGCAAGUCGGAAAAUCUCUCUUCAUAGGUCUAUACCAGACACAAGAGAAGCCGGCUGUUCAGCCAAGGAGUAUCCUCACGACCUGCCUACCACAUCAGUAGUCAUAUGUUUUCACAAUGAGGCGUGGUCAACUCUGCUUCGAACUGUACACAGUGUGAUUGACAGGAGCCCCGCCCAUUUACUUUUUGAAAUUAUUCUUAUUGACGACUUCAGCUCUCACGAUUAUCUGAAAUCCAAACUACAAGCUUAUGUGUCCUCAAGACUGAAAAAGGUCCGCAUAAUAAGGAACAGUAAACGCGAGGGACUCAUUCGUGCACGCCUUAUUGGUGCCAGGGCUGCUAAAGGACAAGUAAUUACGUUCCUUGACGCCCACUGUGAGGCGAACGUUGGUUGGUUAGAACCGUUGCUAAGUCGUAUCCAUAGCGACCGCACUAUUGUGCCCGUUCCUGUAAUAGAUAUAAUCAAUUCUAAGACGUUUGCAUACUCGGGUACACCGUCUGCUGUGAUUGGUGGGUUUAGUUGGGAUAUGCAAUUCACAUGGCAUUCUUUACCGCAUCGGCGCGAAAAGGAAAGAUAUGAUAAGACUGACCCUAUAAGAACGCCAACAAUGGCUGGUGGUUUGUUUUCUAUCGAUCGAAAAUAUUUCUUUGAGUCUGGUUCGUACGACGAGGGCAUGGAUGUUUGGGGCGGGGAGAAUUUAGAGAUGUCAUUCAGGAUCUGGCAGUGUGGCGGGAAACUCGAGAUCUUACCAUGUUCACGUGUAGGUCACGUGUUCCGCCCACGUUUUCCAUACAGCUUUCCAGGGGGGUACAACGAGGUCAGUGUCAACCUUGCCCGUGUUGUUCGUGUAUGGAUGGACGGAUACAACAAAUAUGUUUACAUGAAAAGGCCCGACUUUAAAGACAUUCAACUUGGCGAUAUAAGACCCAGAAAGGAACUUCGUCAACGACUCAAAUGCAAAAGCUUCAAGUGGUACCUAGAGAAUAUUUACCCCGAGCAAACGUUUCCGGGGGGUGAUGCUCAAGCUUUUGGUGAGAUACGCAACCCACAAACAAGAAUGUGUGUCGAUACGAUGGGGAAAGCGUUUGGUGGCGCACUCGGAUAUUCUCUUUGUCAUGGGAUGGGAGGCAAUCAGCUUUUCUACUUCCAGCAUAAUGGAGUGAUUCAAUCAGGCAGCGAAGACAGUCCGUUAUGUGUAGAAGCACUAGGUAGAGAGGUUCUACUCAUGGGAUGUGAUAUCAGCUCAGAGGCUUUGGAAUGGGCAUUAAAGGGAAACAGCAUCUAUCAUAAGAGCUCGGACUUAUGUUUGGAAUCUAAUCGAGAAAAUGGAAAGUUUAAACUUAGUAUCUGCAAUGGCUCCACGGAUCAGGAAUGGGUUUUCUCCGAAAAAGAAUGACGAAAAUAUGGCACAGAUUCUUAGUAGUAAUGUUGAAUAUAUUAUUUUUAUAURAUAAAGGGGCUUGUGUUUGAGAAGCAGCAAAAGGGGGUUUUAAGUAAAUUUUAAAAACAACUUUACAACUAAGGGUUGGAAAGGGUAGGGUAA